UGGGUGCUGGACUGUGCCAUUACAUGUGAGACAGGGGGUGACACAGCGGUUUCAUCAGUCCUGUCAGUUUUUCUGUUAGCUGCUCUUCAACUUCCUUAUUUGCAAGUACCAUUUCCUCUUCUGGUUACUGAUGCGGUUCUAUAUCAGGGCAGAGCUUGCAAGUUUGCUCUGUUAAACUGCCAAAGAAGACCAAAUCUGCACUUUACACAGUAACACGAAUGCAGUCUGUUGAUACCACUGACUUGUCUUCACUUUGAGAGACAAUACUUUUUUCGGCUGCGCUGUUGAGCUUAUGCAAGACUGCUUCAAUGGAUCCCUUCAUUUACGUGUUUUACGUGACUGUACGUUUAUGAGAGAGAAGGAAGAAAGUGAAAUGGUGUAUGUGGGCGUGACAGCAAUGUAUGUCUGUAUGCAGUAGCAUACACUGUGUGUGUGUGUGUGUGUGUGUGCGAGUGUGUGUGUGCGGGUGUGUGUGUGAGUGUGUGUGAUGUCGGGAGACACCAGCACCCUGUCCUGGAGGAGCAUGUCUCCCACCAGCCAGUCAGAUUCCUCGGAUAUCUCUCCCUCGGCAACUGUGGCCAGGGACAGCAUCUUCCCAGUGAAGAUCAUCAAAGUGUGUUUCCUUAGCAACAGCUCCAACCUGGGCAAGAACUUCAAACUGGUCCGCUGUGAGGAGGGAUGGACUGUCAAGGCUAUCGUUAACCAGGUACUGUCCAGUGGCUGUGUGGGACCAGACAUAAUAUACAGCCAGUGCUAUUGCCUCCUCCUCAAACACCUCAAGUCCUCAGAGAUGCACUGGCUGCACCCAGACCUGGCUGUGUCUGAACUCACCCAGCGCUACGAACAGCAGCACCUAGAGGCUGAGUGGAGAUAUGACCUGAGAAUCAGAUACAUCCCUGCAGACUUCAUGGAGAAAUUCAAAGAUGACAGUACCACUAUGCUCUACUUUUACCAACAGGUACGAAGUGAUUACAUGCAGCAGUAUGCCUCAAAAGUCAGUGAUGGGAUGGCUCUACAGCUCGGUUGUCUGGAAAUUAGGAGAUUCUACAAAGACAUGAAUCCAAACGGACUGGAGAAAAAGUCAAACUUUGAGCUAUUAGAGAAGGAUGUGGGACUGGACCUGUUCUUUCCCAGAGAGCUGAUCAACAGCAUGAAGCCCAAGCAGUUACGUCGGCUGAUCCAGCAGACGUUCCAGGGCUACUCCACCCUGAAGCAGGACCAGUGCAUGACCAGGUUCUUCACAACUCUGGCUCAGUGCUACAGCUACACACAGGAGAGCUUCGCCUGCCAGCUAGUGCAUGGUUGGAAUCUAACAAUAGACCUGGUCAUCAGCCCUGAAGGCAUCAGUCAGCAAACUGAAAACUCCACACCCGUCUGUUUGGCCACGUUCUCUCAGGUGCGCAGUAUCUCCUGCUCUGCUGAGAGUAACAGUCGGGCUCUGCUCACUGUACACAUCGAGGGAGCCAAACAGCCACUGUCAGUGAACACCUCCUCCCUGGCUAUGGCAGAAAACAUGGCCGACCUGAUCGACGGCUACUGCCGGCUAGAAGGCUCUGAAAGCUCGCUCAUUAUCCGGCCCAGCAAAGGGAGAGACACAAAUCUGAAAUUACCGGACAUCCCAAAACAUGGUGCUCCCAGCGGUUCUUUUAGAAGUUUGACUUCAGGUUCGGACAUUUAUGCUGAGAUUCCAGAGGGUAUGGCAGCCGGUGGUGAGAAGCACAGGAUCUCCAGAGACAACGUUGUUGUGGGUCGGAUCCUGGGUGAGGGAUUCUUUGGAGAGGUUCAUGAUGGCGUUUAUAAAAGCCCAACAGGAGAGAGGAUCUGUGUGGCCAUCAAAACAUGUAAGGAUCGUUCAGCUGAAGUAAAGGAAAAGUUUCUCAGCGAAGCUGGCUUGAUGAAAAAUCUGGAUCAUCCCCACAUUGUGAGACUAAUCGGAGUCAUUGAAGUCGAUCCUGUCUGGAUCGUCAUGGAGCUGCUUGAACAUGGAGAGCUGGGGAACUAUCUCGUCGAGCAGCAGUACACCCUGAACUCUUCAACGUUAAUCCUGUACUGUCUACAAAUCUGCAAAGCCUUGGCUUACCUGGAAGGACUCAACAUGGUGCACAGAGAUAUAGCGGUGAGAAAUGUCUUGGUGGCGUCUCCUGAAUGCGUCAAGCUUGGCGACUUCGGCCUGUCUCGCUACGUUGACGAACAAGAGUAUUAUAAAGCCUCAGUUAGUCGAUUACCAAUCAAAUGGAUGGCGCCCGAGUCCAUCAACUUCAGACGCUUCACCACAGCCAGUGAUGUUUGGAUGUUUGGGGUGUGUGUGUGGGAGAUCUACUCCAUGGCCCAGCAGCCGUUCUUCUGGCUAGAGAACGGGCAGGUGAUCAACCAGCUGGAGUUGGGAAUUCGACUUCCCAAGCCGCAGCAGUGCCCGCCCACCGUCUACUCCCUGCUCACCCGCUGCUGGGCCUACGAGCCGCACGGCCGGCCCAGCUUCGGCCAGCUCGUCUGCUCCCUGAGUGACAUCCACAGGAUAGAGUUGGAGCAGGAGGGGAGGCGAGACAGAACUCGCUCCGUCACAUUAUUUGACCCUAAACACCUCACAGAGCCUCCACCCAAGCCAUCCAGAAUACAAGGCAACACCCUUCCUCGAGUCACGCACACACAGAGAACAGACAGUGAUACUAGGCCGGUGUGGGAGAAAGAGAAAGAGCAAGUGGAGGACACUUUACAAAGACAAAGAAAAGAGAUGCUGAUGGAUAAACAAUGGCUCGAGCAGGAGGAGAGACAACUGCCUCCUGUAAAAAGGCCGGAAAAUGGUCCUCCAGACAAGCCACCAAUGCCUUCCACAGUCUCAAAGCCUCGGCCCACAGCUGAGAUGGACCGAUCAGGUGAUCAGGUGUACACCUGCGUCAUGGCGAUGGUGAAACAGGUGGUUCAGCUGAAGAAUGAUGUCAACACGCUGCCCGCCUCCGAGUAUCCAAAUGCUGUCAGAGUGGUGGGCAUCGCUCUUCGUAGCCUGAUCCAAAGUGUUGAUGAGAUCCUGCCCUCCCUGCACAGCUCUGUCACAACAGAGAUCGAUGGCACUAAAAAACUGCUGAACAAGGAUUUAGGGGAGCUGAUCAAUAAGAUGCGCCUGGCACAGCAGAACUCCAUAACGUCGCUAAAAGAGGAAUGUCAGCGGCAGAUGUUGGCAGCUGCUCACACUCUGGCAAUGGACUCCAAAAACCUGCUGGAUGCUGUGGACCAGGCUCGAGUCAGGGCCAACCUGGCUAAGCCCAGACCUGCCUCAUGUGAUGCAGAGGAUUCUGGGGACUGAAGUCCCCAGAUGAUCCAACUCUGGUGUAAAAAAAAAAAAAAA